AUGAUUUUAAACAGCUCAUUUACCGUAGCCUCAGUUCUGCGAUACCGUAGCCUCAGUUCUGCAAAUGAUAUAGUGGCCAAAACAACAAAAGGUCACGAAUCUGAAAAUCUUUUACUACAACAAAUAAGUGAGAAACAGGGUAAUAUCCCAGUUGAAUCGUGUGUCAACUGUGCCCAAACCAACGAAUCUUCGUACCCGGUGACAAAAAACAACAGUGUGACUAAACAAGAGGCCAAACUAACACAUCUACAUCAAGUCGGCCUUAAACAAUUAUCAAAUAACUCCAAAAACGUCAACGAAGUCAUCAACAACAAUAGUUUAAGCGGUAAAUUAAACCCCGAUUCAAAUAAUAAACAGAAUUAUGGUCAUCCUUCCACUAGUCAGAAAAUUACUUACAAAUCAGUCAACGGCGAAAACAGAGUCACCACCCCGCGACCACCACCACCGUAGUGGCUGAAAUGCUUGCCUUUGUUUGGUACACCGUACAACAAACCAAGUAACAAUCCGACCAACAACAGCGUGACCAAACAUGAGGCCAAACUAACACACCUACAUCAAGAUGGCCUUAAACAAUUAUCAAGCAACUCCAAAAACGUCAACGACGUCAUCAACAACAAAGUUCAGAGCGGCAAAUCAAACCCCGAUAUCGUAAAUAAUAGACAGUAUUCUGGUCAUCCUUCCACUAGUCAGAAAAUUACUCACAGAUCCGUCAACGGAGAAAACAGAGUUCCCACCCCGCGACCGGCAUCACCGGAGUGGCUGAAAUGCUUGCCUUUGUUUGACACACCGUACAACGAAUCAAGUAACAAUCCGGUUUUUCGCGGAAUCUUUGGAAGGCGGAAGACUCGUUGGAGAUUUCGCCGGGAGAAAUAUUCGGACAUAGUGAACUAA